UGGAACUUGAAGAGGAAGAAAGAGACGAGGGUAAAAAGGAAGGUACCUAACCGUGAACGAGAAAGAGAGGAUAGAAGAGCCAGUCGAGGUUCGUUUUCUCGGGUUGCAACCGGCAAACUCGAAUGAAAAUAAAUCGGCGCUACGACGAACUGGUUCGUGCGUUCGCGUAAAGCGGUCGUGCGGUCCGCCGUGAGGCCGCGAGCGUAAAACACGCCGUUUGCGUUUCUCUCCCUGUGUGUGUGUGCUCGCCUUGUUUGGAUCGAGGAAAGGAAAGAAAGGCUUAUAUCGGACAACAAUCGGCCAUAAACGGGCCGAGAAACAGACGACCGGCGAGAUGUCUCUGACGUGCCGAGUUCAGUACCUGAAUGACGUCGAUCCGUUCGCUUAUGCGAGCUCCUAUCCGGAGCCACCUAGACCUCCUGUGCACACCUUCAGCGCGACCUUGCCACUAAUUAACCAGCUCGCAGCGGUGCAUCGACUUCUUCGGGCGCCUCACAGGCUCGAUGACACGGCACUCCAGUUAUACAAAGACGGCGAUUAUGGUGCCUACUUGGAUCUCGAGGCCUCCAUCAGUGAACAGCAAGAAGAAUUCGAAGGCUUCCAGACAAACCGAAAGAACUCGAUCGUUCUCAGGACACAGCUGUCCGUGAGGGUGCACACCAUCAUAGAAAAAUUGCUGAACAGCGAGGGCCGCGAGUUGCGACGGGCUCUGUUCUCCCUCAAGCAGAUCUUUCAGGAGGACAAGGAUCUGGUGCAUGAAUUCGUGCAAAAUGACGGGCUUGCCUGCCUCAUCAAGGUUGGCAGCGAGGCUGACCAGAAUUACCAAAAUUACAUACUACGAGCUCUCGGUCAGGUGAUGCUCUACGUGGAUGGUAUGAAUGGGGUGAUGGAACAUGGUCAAACCGUCCAGUGGUUGUACACAUUGAUAGCAAGCCGCUUUCGUUUGGUGGUGAAGACCGCGUUGAAGUUGCUAUUGGUGUUCGUCGAGUACGUGGAGACGAACAGUUUGCUGUUGGUCAGGGCCGUGAGAUCCGUGGAUACGUCCAGGGGCAUGAUACCGUGGACGAACGUGAUGAAGCUGCUGAAGGAUUACGAUGCCGCUGACACGGAGCUGCUGAUUUAUGCCACGACUUUGGUCAACAAGUGUUUGAACGGUAUACCGGAUCAGGACACUUAUUACGACCAAGUGGACUGUUUGGAGGAGCAAGGGAUCGAGGGAAUCAUCCAAAGGUACAUGUCGAAGCAGGGCACCGACCUGGAUCUGCUCAGACAGUUUCAGAUUUACGAGGCCGUGCUGCAUCACGAAGACGGGAACGAUAGGGGAUCGCCCAUUCGACAGCUCGAUGAUAACAUCAGGAAGACGCUGCGAAAUCGGAAGUCCCUGGUGGAUUCUCACGAGCGUCGAAAAUCCCGUAGACACUCGACGGGCACGUCUCCGUUGUCGAUGUCCUUGAACGCCCGGUUAAGUCCACGGCUCAACCACUCGUUGGGUCUAAGCUCGCUGAACAGCACCCUGAACUCGAGUUUGCCCGACGACGACGACGAGUCGAGUAGCUCUCAAAGUUCGCAGGGUCAUCUCGGCGAGGUUCAGCUGAACGGCAGCUACAAAGAGAACAAAGUGGACGUUGGCGUGACACCGGCGUUAAGACGUCGGAGAGAACGAGCCGAGAGACAGAGAAGCUUUAUCAGGGAGCAACAAGAGGCUACCGCGAACAUGAGGGCGUCGGUGGUUCCAUCGGACGAUCAAGAAAGUCCCUACCCAACGAACGGAUUACGGUACACAAAUGGUACAUCCUAUGAAAGAAACGCGGAUUCGCCAUCGAAUAAGUUGUCCAGGACGAACAGUAGAAAGGAUUUAACACCCUUGAUGAAUGCCGCGAACAAGCUUGACUCGGAAGAGAAGAAACCGUGGUACGGCAAGAGCCCGGACGAGGGUGUCGAGUGCGACGAGGGUAAUCACACCGACGAUGAUGAGGAUCGUCGAGUGGUUCUACAGUUGAAGAGGGAAGGAACCGUCAAGGAUCUCACACAAAAGCUGGCCGCUCAAAAUCUUAUACCGAGCAGUCCGGUUGAAGAGAAGGUUUCCAGGAUAGGGGAUAUGAGCGGUCUGAUCUCAAAAGCUAAGGAGGGUUUGGCAAAGUCGAAGUCAAAGGCGGAUGUGUUGAAGUCACCCACCGGCGACAAUCUGCCUAAGCUUCAGGAGACGAAGAAAUCAGAGAACGAAUUGCACUGGGAGGAGUUGGUUAAGAAGCUGAAGAGACCUCUCGCACUUUGCGAUCUGGAUUUCACCGAUCUGAACUCUGACGACGAAGUCGAUGUUCUUGGUCCGGUAAACGUGACCAACGGUAUACCACCGCCUCCACCGCCCAUGGUACCUUCGCCAGGUGGUAUGCGAGCUCCACCACCUCCGCCACUCGGUGCAAGAUUGCCACCGCCUAUACCUCAGGCACCUCCACCUUUGUUCAGCAUUGGCCUCAAGUCAACGAGGCCAUCGACCGCGACCGAUAGCAGCAACUCGCCAAAGAGUCCACCGCCAACCUUCACGAAGAAGAGCAAGAAGACGGUGAAAUUAUUCUGGAAAGAGGUCAGGGACGAUCCUAUCAUACUGUCGAGACUCGACAAGAACAAGAUGAUAUGGGACGAACUGUCGCCGGUACCUGUUGACACGCAGAAGCUCGAGCACUUGUUCGAGAGCCGUGCCAAGGAUCUCAUCACGAAGAAGCAGCAGGAGAUGAACAAGAACAAAGAGAUCAUCGUAUUGGAUCAUAAGCGAUCGAACGCUAUCAAUAUCGGAAUGACGAAACUGCCUCCGCCAAGAUCAAUUAAGACCGCGAUCUUGAAAAUGGACGCAACCAUCAUGAACAGGGAAGGUAUUGAGAAACUGUUGACAAUGCUACCAACCGAGGAGGAGAGGUCCAGGAUACAAGAAGCGCAGGCCGCCAAUCCUGACCUUCCUUUGGGAUCAGCCGAGCAGUUUCUUCUAACUUUGGCAUCCAUCUCGGAAUUACCAGCCAGGCUGAAGCUCUGGGCAUUCAAGCUGGAUUUUGAAAAUUCGGAAAAGGAAAUUGCGGACCCUUUGAUGGAUCUGAAGCAAGGAAUGGAAACGCUGCGAGUGAAUAAAACGUUCCGCGGGAUUCUGAGCACGCUCCUUUCGAUCGGGAUAUUCCUCAACGGAAAUGAGGUGAAGGGCUUUCAGCUGGAAUACCUCGCCAAAGUACCUGAAGUGAAGGAUACGGUUCACAAGCACUCAUUGCUUCAUCACCUUUGCCACAUGGUGAUGGAGAAGUUUCCGGAUUCCACGGAUCUCUAUUCGGAGAUCGGCGCUGUGACAAGAGCCUCGAAGAUUGAUUUCGACGAGCUCGCGUCCAACAUAAGUAAACUGGAAAGCGAGUGCAAGGCAUCCUGGGAUCACCUAAAACUCAUCGCGAAACACGACGGGUCCACGAUGAUGAAAGUCAAGAUGUCGGAUUUCCUGGCGGACUGCGCGGAGAGAAUAAUCGUGCUGGGCAUCGUCCACAGGCGGAUCAUAAAUCGAUUUCAUAAGUUCGUCCUGUGGUUGGGUAUCCCUUUGCACAGGGUGCAGGACACCAAACCAAACGAGUUCUGUCGCAUCGUGUCCGAAUUCGCGCUCGAAUAUAGGACGACCCGUGAACGAGUGAUACAGCAGCUGGAGAAAAAAGCGAAUCAUCGUGAACGAAAUAAGACCAGGGGAAAAAUGAUCACAGAGGUUGGUAAAUUCAGGACGAAAGAGGAUCGCGCGGAUGCGGAGCUCAGACAGCUGCUCGGAAGCGAUAUCUCCGAUGUCGAGAGUAUUCACGGUACCUUACCCUGGAGGAGACAGAGGAAAGAUGGUCGCACUUCUUUGGGUCCGUUGCUUCGCGAUGAGAACACUAAUGGAAACCUGACUGACGGGGACGACGAAUUGCUGGAAUCAUUGGUGAAGACAGCGACGAAAACGCCAGCGACCAGGACGACGCCCAGGGAACGCAAGAGGACCAGACACGCCGAUCGUAAGUCUUUGCGUAGAACGCUGAAGAAUGGCCUCUCGGAAGAGGAGAAGAAACACAUCGCCGCCUACAUCAAGGGCUACUGACUGUGAUAAAAAUCAAACCCCGCACCUCGUCCACGAGAAGAUCAUCGAACCUUCGAUAGGACGUUGAUGACACGGCCAGAAUGUUGCGAUUUCACCAAGCUGACACCUACGAACUUGAUGCAAAACGAGCAACGGAAUCGCAAACCGACACCAAGGUUAUACGUUAAUAGAAUUAUAUAUAUACAUAUACAUAUAGGUAUACAAGCAUAUAUUUCGAUCGAACUUUCUGUAUACGGACAGAAAGCAGUCGGUUUUAUGAGGUUUGUUGUCAAAGACAAAAAUCGAUACCUUCGAUUCUAUUUUUCGACUUUAUUGCGCGCACUGUCGUUCCUUUUUUUUAAACAAUCUUGGCAACAAAUUGCUUAAAUUUAAGGGUGCGUUUUCACGUGAUGGUAAGUCUUGAUUUUUAAUAUUAUAAUUGAUAGUGUCCAUGACUUUUGUGUCACCAAAUUUAGUUACUGUAUAAGUACAGUCUCUUGACAGUCAAAAGCCAUGUUUUAAACAGAUAUAUAUGUAUAUAUAAUGUCUUGAUACCGGAAGUUAUAACUAAUUAUUUCACGUGAAAAUGCAUUCGAAAGGCUGUAAACUGUAAAAGAUAAUUCAUGAUUUUGAUGGGAUAGAAUUUAAUUCAGUGCAUGCUAUUGCGAUCACAGCUAUAGAAGUGAUUUUAUUUAAUUAAUAUUAGAUCAAUUUCAUGAAAAUAAAAUUUUAUAGCAAUGGUUAUUAUAAA